GAUUCAAAGGUAGGGAGUAGCCGACAGCAAACGAAUCAAAUCUGACAUAUGUCAAACAGCGUACUAAAAUUCAAAGGAAUGGUUGCCUGAACCAAAGACAGAAGGCCAAUCAUCUCGGUUGAUAAUAUUAUUUUUAGAAAGAAAGUUAUCUGUGCUCUCUAGUUAUUAACGCCUAAUUUGAUUCAGAAUAGAUUGGAAAAAAUUGGACUUCAAAUCAAAAUGUCUGCUACUACUCCUACUGCCAGUAUUCCAACAAUUGAUUUCCAAGAUUUUCCAUCUCAGUCCCAGAAACUGAUACAAACGUCCGUGAAGUGGGGAUGCUUCAGGCUGAUCAAUCAUUCCAUCCCUGCGGCUUUAAUGGCGGAAAUGAAAGCUACUGUGAGAACCCUUUUGGAUCUUCCCAUGGAAAUCAAACAGAGAAACAGAGAUGUGAUCGCCGGCAGUGGAUAUGUGGCGCCCAGCAAUUCCAAUCCUCUUUACGAAGGAUUGGGUCUUUAUUAUAUGGGAUCGCCAGAAGCUGUUCAUGAGUUUUGUUCCCAGCUAGAAGCCUCUCCCUCGCAAAGGGAGACCAUUGUUAAGUAUUCUGAAGCCGUCUACAAUCUGGCCAUGGACAUAGGUCGGAAGUUGUGCCAGAGUAUGGGGCUGGAUAUGGAUUUGUUCAAAGAAUGGCCUUGCCAAUUCAGAAUAAACAAGUAUAACUUCACUCCCGAAAGUAUAGGGUCGUCUGGAGUUCAAAUUCACACGGACUCAGGAUUUUUAACCCUACUACAGGACGAUGAUUGUGUCGGUGGCCUGGAGGUAAUGGAUGAGAAAUCUGGAGAAUUCGUUUCUGUUGAUCCCUUGCCAGGAUCAAUUCUUGUGAAUUUCGGAGAUGUUGCAAAGGUGUGGAGCAAUGGAAAAUUUUGCAACGUAAGGCACCGAGUACAAUGCAAAGAAGCAGCCAUAAGAAUUUCAAUAGCUUUUUUUGUUUUGGGACCAAAGGAGGCGGCAAUAGAAGCGCCUCCGGAGCUAGUGGAUAUGGAGCAACCGCGCCUUUUUGUCCCUUUUACAUAUGAAGAUUACAGAAAGCUCAGGCUCUCCACCGGAUUACGGGCUGGUGAAGCUUUGGCUCUGUUGCGCAGAUCGACCUAGCUCAUUGAAAGAUAAUUGUUAGCUCUUUGAAAUGAUAUGAAGGUGUGGAGUGAAUUUUCUAUUUUAAGUUCUAUAAUGUUUUUAUUUCAUUUAAUAUACAGAUCACGUACAUAAAA